UUUUUUAAAAAAAAAAAGAAAACAAGUUUGAGCCACUUAGAGUUGACUAGCUCUCCCAUCUUUUCUCGUGGUUGAUUCUGUUAGACUGACGUAUUUUUUUUUAAGUGAGACACGAAGAGAAGAAGCCGUCGUUACAAAAAAAAAAAAGGUAUAUUCUUUUCAUAUAGCUUCAUUUAUAAAUGGUUAUACCUGUUAAAUUCAAAUCAUACUAAAGACGGUGAUCAUCCUCUCUCAUUUUUAAAUGAUAUAAAAUAUAUACUUGUUUAAGCAGCAUCGUCAUAAAUAGCGAGGUGCUUUGACAAAAAGUUAUUUAAAUAGAGUGGUAGUGGGACUUGCUUUUUUUUUUGCCACUGUAGUGAUUAAUAAGUACCUUAUAAUCUACAAAGAUACAUAAGCAUACAAGAAACGUACCAACUUGCUAAAAAAAAAAGGGACUCAAAACAUGAUUCACGCAAGCAUAAGGUCGAAGCAAUCUUUACCUAUUUCUACUUCUUCUGGCGAGUCCAAAGAUCUCUUGAGAAUGGAGCGCGUCGGAACUCACUCUCACAUUCGUGGUUUGGGUUUGGACGAUGCAUUGGAACCUCGUGCCUCUUCUCAAGGUAUGGUGGGACAAUUAAAAGCACGUAAAGCUGCCGGUGUUAUCUUGCGAAUGAUUGAAGCAGGAAAGAUUGCAGGUCGUGCUGUCUUGAUUGCAGGUCCUCCCUCUACCGGUAAAACCGCCAUCGCCAUGGGUAUGGCUCAAGCUCUUGGUUCCGAUGUGCCAUUCACUUCAUUGGCUGCUUCUGAAAUCUUUUCACUUGAAAUGAGUAAGACUGAAGCCUUAACACAAGCAUUCCGUCGUUCCAUUGGUGUCAGAAUUAAGGAAGAGUCUGAAUUGAUUGAAGGUGAAGUGGUUGAAAUUCAAAUUGAUCGUUCCAUGACAGGUGGUUCCAAGACUGGUAAAUUAACACUCAAGACAACCGACAUGGAGACUAUCUACGAUCUUGGAAAUAAAAUGAUUGAUUCUUUAAACAAGGAAAAAGUCAUGGCAGGUGAUGUCAUUGCCAUUGACAAGGCUUCCGGUCGUAUUUCCAAGUUGGGUCGUUCUUAUGCCAGAGCUAGAGAUUACGAUGCUAUGGGUUCCGACACUAAAUUCGUACAAUGUCCCGAAGGAGAGUUACAAAAGAGAAAGGAAGUAGUUCACACAGUUUCUUUGCACGAAAUUGAUGUGAUUAACAGUAGAACACAAGGCUUUUUAGCUCUUUUCUCUGGUGAUACUGGUGAGAUUAAAUCCGAAGUCAGAGAUCAGAUCAACACAAAGGUAGCUGAAUGGAGAGAGGAAGGAAAAGCUGAUAUUGUUCCCGGUGUACUCUUUAUUGACGAAGUACAUAUGCUUGAUAUUGAAUGUUUCUCAUUCUUGAACAGAGCACUGGAAGAUGAUAUGGCACCUGUGGUUAUUAUGGCCUCCAACCGUGGUAUUACAAAUAUCCGUGGUACCAAAUAUAAAUCUCCUCAUGGUAUUCCCGUUGAUUUACUCGACCGUAUGUUGAUUAUUUCUACAAACCCUUAUGAAGAAAAGGAAAUCAAGGAGAUUUUAAAAAUUAGAUGCCAAGAAGAGGAUGUGGAAAUGACAGAGGAUGCCAAGGAUGUAUUGACACGUAUUGGUGUUGAAACCUCACUUCGUUACUCUAUUCAUUUGAUCACAGCUGCUAAUUUGGUCGCAAGGAAGAGAAAGGCUACCGCUGUUGACGUUCAAGAUAUCAAGCGAGUCUAUUCUCUCUUUUUGGAUGAAAAGAGAUCUGUUCAAUACUUGAAGGAUUUCCAAGAUCAAUACAUGUACAAUGACCAUAAUGAUAAGAUGGCUGUUGAUACUGCCAUGGAAUUGUAA